CGGAGACAAACAGCGGCGCAAAUAUGUCUGCACCCAUCAGAGCAUCCACUCCUCAGUCUGGCAAAAUGAAAAAGGACGCGUCUUUUCUGGGAAAACUGAGAGGCACGUUGGUUCGAAGGAAAAAAUCGAGAGAAGUGACUGAGCUCCAGGAGGAGGGGAAGAAUGCCAUCAACGCCACCCCUCAGCCCCCCAGCACAGACCUUCUGCCUGGGGACACGUUGCUCGAGGAGAAUGCUGAGAGGACCAUGCUGGACCCUGUGUCCCGGGAGAACCCCGGGUUCAGAGAGCUGCAGCGGGCGUUAAUUGACUGGAUCAACAGUGAGCUGCAGGAGGAGAGGAUCAUUGUGAAAGACCUGGAGGAAGAUCUCUACGACGGGCAGGUGCUGCAGAAGUUAUUUGAGAAGCUCUCAGGGCAGAAGCUACAUGUUGCGGAGGUGACUCAGUCGGAGAUCGGGCAGAAGCAGAAGCUGCAGAUGGUGCUGGAGGCUCUGAAUGAGCUGCUGAGGCCGCAGGGCUGGGCCAUCGAGUGGAGCGUGGACUCCAUCCACUCCAAGAACCUGCUGGCCAUCGUUUGCCUGCUGGUGUCCCUGGCAACGCACUUCCAGGCUGCCACCCGCCUGCCAGAGCGUGUGUGUGUGCAGGUGGUGGUGAUGAAGAAAAGAGAUGGUGUCCUGCAGACUUCCCAGGUGACCAAGGAGCUGACCACCACCACAGAGAUUAUGAUGGGAAGAUUUGAAAGAGAUGCAUUUGAUACACUGCUUGAUCAUGCUCCUGACAAACUCAACGUGGUCAAGAAGUCUCUCAUCACCUUUGUGAACAAACACCUGAACAAGCUGAACCUGGAGGUGACGGAGCUGGAGUCUCAGUUUGCAGAUGGGGUGUACCUGGUGCUGCUGAUGGGUCUGUUGGAAGACUACUUCGUGCCGCUGUAUCACUUCUUCCUCACCCCGGAGACCUUCGAGCAGAAGGUUCAUAACGUGUCCUUCGCCUUCGAGCUGAUGCAGGACAGAGGACUGAAGAAGCCAAAAGCACGACCUGAAGAUGUUGUCAACCUGAACCUGAAAGCUACCCUGCGGGUGCUCUACAACCUCUUCAGCAACUACAAGAACCCGGAGUGAUGAUUCCCGAGCAGAACCUGGCGGUGUGGGUCAUGCCAGGCUUACACUACAGGGAGUCCACACUGGACCCGAAACACUGGAGACAGCCACACAGAGCCACAGAGUCCACCCCUUACCCCAUACCCCCCCCCCCUUUUUUUUUACAAGGGUCCCUUACAGCAGCAUGCAGGAUGCUCAGCCCCCUCCCUGAUUGGUGGAACUCAGAGCGGGCCGCGGAAUGUCAAAGGCAAUGUUUGUAUUAAGCCCCUCCCCCUUUUUUCCCUGCCCACAAACUCAGUCACCAUUAGAAUGUUUCCUUUGCCUUACGGUGCAAGGUUCGAGCUGCAGUGCACUCUGAAUGGCUGGAGAAUCCUCUGCAGUUUAUGUCACACGUUAUAUCACCCAGCCCAACUGAAUGCUUUACAUUUUAUUCCAGAGUUUGAUUUAUGUGUUGAUGCAC